UGUGAGGAAGAUUAGAAUUAAAUCAGAGUGGUUUUUAAACCUUAUCUUAAAUUAUUUAAACAUACAGUAAAUCUUCUUAUCCUCCGCUACUUAUAUAAGCGAACAUUAAAGAAACUAGUGAUGUGUAAUGUUACAAACAGAACGUUAGUGAGGGAGUGAAGAACAGUUAGCCUUUUAGCUUUAGCCGCACACACAGACACAGACACAGACAGAGACAGAGACAGAGACAGAGACAGAGACAGAGACAGAGACAGAGCUGUCAGUGAUAUUAUCAGUGAUAUUAUCAGUGAUAUUAUUAGUGAUAUUAUUCAGUGAUAUUAUCAGUGAUAUUAUUCAGUGAUAUUAUCAGUGAUAUUCAGUACUAAUCAGCAGAAGAAUCAUGUUGUAUUUAAUCGGUUUGGGUUUGGGUGAUGUUAAAGAUAUCACAGUGAAAGGAUUAGAAAUAAUAAAGAAAUGUGAGCGGGUUUAUCUGGAGGCUUAUACAUCCAUCCUGACUGUCGGUAAAGAGGCUCUGGAGGAGUACUACGGUCGAGAGCUGAUUCUGGCGGACAGAGACAUGGUGGAACAGGAGGCAGAUGGGAUCCUGAAGGGGGCAGAUGUCAGUGAUGUGGCCUUUCUUGUGGUGGGGGAUCCAUUUGGAGCAACCACUCACAGUGACCUGGUUCUGAGAGCAGUGCAUGCUGGGAUACAGUACAGAGUCAUCCAUAACGCCUCCAUUAUGAAUGCAGUGGGAUGUUGCGGGCUCCAGCUGUAUAACUUUGGUGAGACCGUGUCCAUUGUGUUCUGGACAGAAAACUGGAAACCAGAGAGCUUCUACGAUAAGAUCAAGAAGAACAGAGACAUGGGCUUGCACACCCUUUGCCUUCUGGACAUCAAAGUGAAGGAGCAGUCCCUGGAGAACCUCAUGAGGGGUCGGAAGAUUUACGAGCCACCCAGGUUCAUGACGGCGGCCCAGGCGGCCGAGCAGAUCCUGGAGGUCGUGCAGAACCGCCGAGAACAGGGCGAGGAACCAGCGAUCCUGGAGGAGACGGUGUGUGUGGGGCUGGCGCGGGUGGGAGCCGACGACCAGGUCAUACGCGCCGCUUCUCUCCGCGAGAUGGCUUCAUGUGAUCUGGGAAAGCCGCUUCACUCCAUGAUCGUGACGGGUCACCUGCACCCACUCGAGGUGGACAUGCUGAGGCUCUUCAGUGGCUCCGAGGGGCUCAGCGGUUUAAAAAUGACCGACAGCUCCACCUACGUCUCCUGAGGACCGACGACGACACGUCCUGAUGCGUCUGGAGACGCUGGGAAAAGGUUCUUCAGUGAAGGAAGUCAGGAAGGUGAGCUGCCAGAGGUUAACGGAAACCACACACAUGAUGGAAUUCCUCUGGCAGAUCCAGAUGAAGGUUACGUUUCAGAACGUCAUUUUUCUGUUCAUUAACUGUGGAUGCAGCUGCUACGUGUCAGCAGAUGGAUGGCAGAAUAACAGCAAGAAAUAGUGAAAAGCUCAGUGACGCUUCAUCUGGUCCAAAUUUGCCUUAAAGUAAAGUGUUCAUCAUUUUACUUAAAGAUUUUUGUGAAAAUGAACUAUUUCAAAUAAAUGAAU